AUGGGCUCAAGAAAUCCGAAAGAUCCAAGGGUGAGCGCAAACAUGAAACGAACAGCAUCUAUCGCUGGUUUCACCAGCUCACCAAAUCGAUCAAAGCUUCAUCACUCAACUGGACCCUCGGAUAUGAAAUCUUCUGUCACUGGAGCUUUAGCUAAGACGAGCAGCAAUUCUCGUCACGUUCUUCUCCAACAACUUGUGCAAGAAAUAUCUAAUGACCCCAAUACAACUGGCGCUGAUCCAGAAAUUAUGAGCGCAGUCUCAAGGCUAAAUGAAGCAUUUGGUCGGGCCAAAAAGCCAUUACCACCCGGGGAUUCGCUUCGGACUCAUCCAGAUACACAGUCAAACCACAGUGAAUCCAAUAUGCGUACGCCACCCCCAAUCCUGGAUGGUAGGCUAGAAUCGGCGGUCUUUACCCAUCCGGCUAUGAGCAACAGCAACAAUGCGACAUACGACCGACUCGAGAUUCUCGGUGAUGCAUACAUUGAGCUGAUUGCAACCAAAAUUAUCUGGGAUAUGUUUCCAGAUUUACCUGCGGGUCGAAUAUCACAGAUUCGGGAAACUCUUGUCAAAAAUGAAACACUUUCGGGCUUUGCAGAAAACUUCGGGUUUGACCGCAGGGUUUCGGUGCCACCAAAUUACAGCAAUCAGUCCAAACGAUGGACUAAAACAAAGGGUGAUGUCUUCGAGGCCUAUAUUGCUGCGAUCAUAUUGUCCGACCCAGACAACGGAUAUGAGUCAGCUGAAAUGUGGCUGACUGGUUUGUGGAUGCCCAUUCUCAAGGGCUUGGGUCAUCAAAAGGGCGAAUUGCGCUCUAAAGAGGCGCUCGCCCAAAAGAUCAUGGGUAAAAAUGUGAAACUGGAAUACAAUGAGGAACGCCCGUCCAUACAGCAGAAAGGCGGCACUCAAACCUUUUUUAUUGCUUUAUAUCUCACGGGAUGGGGGUGGACUCGGAGGCUCCUUGGGACUGGGCAGGGCUUGAGUAAAGCAGCAGCCGGCGACGAGGCGGCUAAGAAGGUUUUGUUGAACAAACCACUUCUUCUCGAGAUCAUAACAGCCAAAGAGUCAGGGUGA